CGAGGAUGUGCCAACAAGCUAAUGGGGGGUGGGAGAGCAAUGUGAGCUGGGGAUGUGUUAGUCCAAUCAAACGAUACGUCUUGCCAUGCGAAUCAUGUGUCCUUCAUUAUCUGAUGGACGUCCCGCUUGACCUGACCAUGCGCGUAAUCAGCCACGGUAUUUUCGAAGGCACGCCUUGCUUUCUUGUGGAAGUCUUUGAGCGGAUCUGGUCCAGCCAUGAUGAGCUGCACAACGGCCCUCUUCACAAAAAGAGGAUCCUUCAAAACGCGGUUAUGCAACGUCUCAUAAACAAGGUGACCCUGGCCGAUGUUGUCAAGAACUUCUUCGGUCCAUCCAUCGACACAGGCCUCUACUGCAUUAUCGAUUAUGAACUCCAGGGAAAGCGCAUUACUGGCCUUGGUCAGCAUUUGUUUGUCAACAAGCAUCUCCCCAACUUGAUGCAGGAGUUACAAGAGCAGCGGCUUACCUCUCAGCCUCCUCAUUCAUCCUGGUCAACGUCCUAGCGAUGUCUGCAGCUUCAUCUCUAAACUCAACCAGUGUCUGACGAGUCGGUCCCCAGCUGUGAGACAUGGUGGUGCUCAGCCCGCUCUGCAUCUUCUUCAUGCGGUUCGAGAGGGCGUCGAGAGGUGUGGAGGGGACUUGUGCCACUUUCGUGGACUUUUGCUGGUCUUGACUGGUGGCGCCAGAGGCUUUUGCGGGCGGCAUCCUAGUGAGGGCGGGCGCUGGUUGCGCGGGUACGUUCUGAGAGCUCGAGCGGGUGUUGUGAGACUUGGACACGCGCUCGGUGGGAUUUGGUUUGGGACGCUUGAGGGGAGGUUCGUCGGUCGUCGGACGCGGGUGUGCGGUUGAGGAGUGAGAAGUUAUGCUGAUGCCGGGCCAGACGACGGAAGGGAAAUUCACGACGAAAUGUGCACUGCACUGUGUGAUUGAAAGUGUUGCGGAAGGUAAGUCUCGAUGUGGAGUAACUCAAUGACAGGUAA